CAUUUUGUGUGAGUAGUAAUAGCAUUAAAUAUGUAACUGAGUGCAGGUUAUUGUGCUAUUAACACAAAUUUAUAGUGACGUGUAGUUUCAUCAAACGGGAUUUUAGAAAUUUCGGCUAGUACCUGUUUCCGAAUAGUGAAAGUGGUGUAACUGUAAAUAAUAUACAAAAGUGCAUUCAAAAUAUGGAGAUGCAAGGUAAAACUGUCCUAAUUACUGGAGCCAAUAGUGGCAUCGGUAAGGAAACUGCACGGGAAUUGGCGAAAAAAGGUGCAAGAGUAAUCAUGGCAUGCAGAAAUCAGGAAACUGCUAAAGCAGCCAAAGAGGAAAUUGAAAAGGAAACAGGAAACAAAAACUUGAUCCUUAAGAAGCUGGAUCUUGGCUCUCAAAAGUCAGUUCGUGAAUUUGCAGCCGAUAUUUUGAAGACUGAGAAGAAAAUCGAUGUUCUAAUUCAUAAUGCCGGUAUGGCUCUGGCAUUCCGAGGUGCAACAAGUGAAGACGGCAUCGAACUAACAAUGGCUACAAAUCACUACGGUCCAUUCCUGUUGACACAUUUGCUUAUUGAUCUCCUAAAGAGAAGUUCUCCAAGUCGAAUUGUCAUUGUAGCUUCGGAGUUAUACAAACUAGCUUCGGUGAAUGUGGACAAAUUAAAUCCAAUUGGAACAUUCCCAGCUGCGUACUUGUACUAUGUUUCCAAAUAUGCUAACAUAUACUUUGCCAGGGAAUUGGCCAAACGUCUGGAAGGCACCAAUGUGACUGUUAAUUUCUUGCAUCCCGGCAUGAUUGAUUCUGGAAUUUGGAGAAACGUGCCCUUCCCAUUGAAUUAUCCAAUGAUGGGAAUAACUAAAUUGUUUUUCAAGACACCCGAACAGGGCGCUUUGACUACAAUUUACCUUGCAUCAUCGGAUGAAGUUGCCAAUGUAUCGGGAAAAUACUUUAUGGAUUGUAAGCAAUACGAACUAAAUGCAGCUGCAAUGGAUAUGGACAAAGCAAAGAAAAUCUGGGAGGAAUCAGCUAAAAUUGUAAAACUCACUGCUAGCGAUCCUAAGAUCUAAGGACAUUGAAUUCCCAUUCCGUGUUAGUGCGUUAAGAAGGUUAAUUAUCUACGAUUAGUAUGUAAUAUUUGAAAUUGAUGUUAAAUGCUUUAAGGGAAAGUUGAAUAAGCAUGUGUUUUAUAUUUUUUAAAUAAAAAUCUAUUAUGUAUAGUUGAAAAGGUUAA